UGUGCUGCCCAGGGUGCAAUGUCAUUGUCUGUAUUGGAGUUGAACAGGCGGAUUGUCGGAGGAUUAGGCUUGCUGUUUGGUUGCAGGGGCAUCUGGCGCUCCCACAGCACACUGCUUCAAGGGACCAGCAGCACUCAGAAUGUCCAUGGAGACCAGCAAAGUUUGACUAAACUAUAUCCAGGAGAUCUAUGAGGUGACGCUAUUGAACACCCAAAAGAGCUGCGAGCAGAAGCUGGAAGAGAUCAACCACAUGGCUGACAAGUGGGAGCAAACAGGCACGGGCUUCCCCACCACGGUGCUACAACAUUCCUGCCCAACAGAGAUGAGGGAGCGGAGCAGCUCCGAGCCCAGUAGGAAGGUGCAGACCGAGAUCAGUGUAAAAGUCUCUGAAAACAGGCCGGCUGCGGUGCAGGGGUCCCCACACACUGGCCAGCCCCCGGCAUGCAUGAACCCCGACAUGAUGAACGCUCCCUGGCAGUAUCGCUAUGAAGAUGAGGACUCUCCGCCUGAGCACGGGUUCCCGCGGCUGACCAACGAGGUGCGCGCCCCUGAGUUGGUGCACGUGUCGGAGAAGAACCUCUCAGAGAUUGAGAAUGUGCAUGGCUACGUGUCCCACUCCCAUAUCUCCCCGCUCAAGGCGAGUCCCGCCCCAAUAAUUGUCAACACGGAUACUCUGGAGUCUGUACCUUACGUGAACGGGACAGAAAUUGAAUAUGAGUUUGAAGAAAUCACGCUAGAGCGGGGGAACUCAGGGUUGGGCUUCAGCAUAGCUGGAGGGACAGAUAACCCCCAUGUCGGCGAUGACCCAGGGAUCUUCAUCACCAAGAUCAUCUCUGGUGGCGCGGCAGCAGAGGAUGGCAGGUUAAGAGUGAAUGACUGCAUCCUGCGGGUGAAUGAUGCCGACGUGUCCGAGGUGUCCCACAGUAAGGCUGUGGAGGCACUGAAGGUGGCCGGCUCCAUCGUCAGCCUCUACGUUCGCCGGAGGAGACCCAUGCUGGAAACUGUCAUUGAGAUCAAACUCAUCAAAGGACCAAAAGGGCUGGGCUUUAGCAUCGCAGGAGGGGUGGGCAACCAGCACAUCCCGGGGGACAACAGCAUCUAUGUAACUAAGAUCAUAGAUGGCGGUGCAGCACAGAAGGACCAGCGCUUGCAGGUUGGAGACAGGCUGCUUAUGGUGAACAACUACACUCUGGAAGAGGUCUCCCACGAGGAGGCAGUAGCCAUACUGAAGAACACGUCUGACGUUGUCUACCUGAAGGUGGGCAAGCCCACCAGUGUUUACUUAUCAGAUCCCUAUGGGCCACCUGAUAUCACGCACUCGUUCUCUCCAGCAAUGGAAAAUCAUAUCUCUUCCGUGGGAAACAACGGCACUCUGGAAUACAAGUGCAGUCUUCCCCCCAUGCCCAUCUCCCCCGGAAGGUACUCCCCCCUCCCAAACCAACUACUGGGGGAAGAGGACAUAAACAGGUUGGAUGGUUUUUCCUUCUUACGAAAUGCCUCAAUAGAUGACGGAGAGGGUCACAGGUUUGAUUCGCAGCACUUCCAGUUGAGGCCUCCUGAGCCAGUUUACAGCACUGUGAACAAACUGUGUGACAAAACACCUUCUCCCCGCUGCUAUUCCCCCAUGGAGUGUGACAAAAGCCUCCUCCACUCCAUACCCUUCCCUCACUAUCACUUAGGCCUGCUCCCUGACUCCGAGAUCACCAGGGAUCCCAGGAGGAUGGUCCUCCAUAAGGGCUCCACAGGCCUGGGAUUCAACAUCGUGGGAGGGGAGGACGGAGAGGGCAUCUUUGUCUCCUUCAUCCUGGCGGGAGGGCCCGCCGACCUAAGCGGAGAGCUGCGGAGGGGAGACCAGAUCCUGUCGGUUAAUGGCAUCGACCUACGCGGGGCCACCCACGAGCAAGCGGCUGCGGCACUAAAGGGGGCGGGCCAAACGGUCACCAUCAUUGCCCAGUACCGUCCCGAGGAACUUGCUUUGUGCUCCCCGCGCCGGGCCCCUUCGCCAGCACCAGAGUACGGGCGCUUCGAGGCCAAAAUCCAUGAUCUGCGGGAACAGAUGAUGAACCACAGCAUGAGCUCUGGGUCCGGAUCCCUCCGAACCAAUCAGAAACGCUCCCUUUACGUCAGAGCACAGUUUGACUAUGAGAAGGCCAAAGACAGUGGCCUCCCUAGCCAAGGCCUCAGCUUUAGAUACGGGGACAUCCUCCACGUCAUCAACGCCUCAGACGAUGAAUGGUGGCAGGCCCGAAGGGUGACCCCCGAUGGGGACAGCGAGGAGAUGGGGGUCAUCCCCAGCAAGAGGAGGGUUGAGAGGAAAGAACGAGCACGUCUAAAGACAGUGAAGUUCAAUGCCAAACCUGGAAUGGAUUCAAAAGGGUCAUUCAAUGACAAGCGUAAAAAGAACCUCAUCUUUACACGAAAGUUCCCAUUCUACAAGAACGAGCUGGGUGAGCGGGAUGGCAGUGAUUCCGAACGGAGUCAAGAGGACAUGAUUCUCUCUUAUGAGCCUGUCAUUCGACAUGAGAUUAAUUACACCAGACCCGUCAUAAUCCUUGGACCGAUGAAGGACAGAAUUAAUGACGACCUGAUAUCAGAAUACCCGGACAAAUUUGGCUCCUGCGUGCCGCAUACCACUCGAUCAAGGAGGGACUACGAGGUCGAUGGGCGGGACUACCAUUUUGUAAUGUCCAGAGAGCAGAUGGAGCAGGACAUCCAAGAGCACAAGUUCAUUGAGGCGGGCCAAUACAACGACAAUCUCUACGGAACCAGUGUUCAGUCGGUCAAAUAUGUGGCUGAGAGGGGUAAACACUGCAUACUUGACGUGUCGGGGAAUGCCAUUAAACGACUACAAGUAGCACAACUCUAUCCCAUUGCCAUCUUUAUAAAGCCCAGAUCCAUCGAUUCAUUAAUGGAGAUGAAUAAGAGGCUAACAGAAGAGCAGGCCAGGAAGACAUUUGACCGGGCCAUGAAGCUGGAGCAGGAGUUUGCCGAGUUUUUCACAGCCCUUGUUCAAGGGGACACCUUAGAGGAAAUUUAUAACCACUGCAAAAUGGUGGUAGAGGAGCAUUCAGGACCCUACAUCUGGAUCCCGUCAAAGGAGAAAUUAUGAGAACACACCACUUUGGCAGGGAGAUUGGACUGCUAGUAACAAAAUACUUUGUAACAUAUGAUCAAUUGUAAUGGCAAUUUAUAUUGUUCCUAAUUAUAGCCAAUAAAUAUGAUUUUUUUUUGUUAUUGUUUAUUCUUUUUUUCACUUUAAAUAUGAAUGUUCCUGAAUGUACACCACAAAGUUCAAAAAACAUUUUUGGCCUAAAAAAAUGUUACUGUUUGUAUAUUUAAUGAUUUUUAUUUUUAAGAAAAUGUUAAGGAAAUGAAAUAAACAUGGGCAUGUGUUCACCUCGACUGCGUGGAAUUUCAAAUGAAUUUUAGAAGAUGGCGGCAGAUACAAGUCAUUGCCACACCAACAAAGGAGGGGAAGGAAAUAAUAUCAGCUUCUUUUGCUUUUCUCCACCCAACAGCUAGCACUUUGUGUCCACUGACGCUCACCUCACAUCAAUAGAUGACAUUUUGUGUGACUGGCAUCUAUGCACUCACAUGGCCCUUGGACACAGUUCAUCAUACUCCUGCUAUUUUUACAUUGUUAUUUUGUAUUCAUUUUAUUAUGUUGUGAAUCCAGAUUUGUUGGACAUUUUAAAUUUGAAUAAGAAUUUCAACUUUAUUGUUUAUUUUGCAGAUUCUUUCAUUAUUUCAUUGUUGAGAUGCUUUGAGAGGGCACAACAGCACAGAAAAUAUUUAUUAUAAAGAUGUAUAACUUUGAUUAAACAUUUUAUUUGAAAAAGGUA